AUGCUCAUAUUGCCGAAUGGGAAAGUUGUCUCUGAAGAGGAGGAAGAAUGUGAAGGGAUGCCAUCUCUUGUUGAGGAAGAGGACGAUUCAAGUGACAAGUUAUCUACUCAUGAGGAGAUUGGCUGUUUGGUAGUUCGAAAGGUCCUCACUACUCGAGCGAAGGAGGAGGAGAUUGAGGCACAACGGGACAACCUUUUUUACACUAGGUUUCACAUCAAGGAUAAGGUUUAUAGUGUUGUCAUUGAUAGUGGGAGUUACAAGCGAAUGUGCCAGUUUGAAUUGGGAAGUAUGAAGAUGAAGUCACACGUGAUGUUGUAUGAUGUUGUACCGAUGCAAGAGUUCGAAGACAUAUUCCCAGAGGAUGUGUCAGAUCGGUUACCAUCUCUACGAGGGAUCGAACAUCAAAUUGACCUCAUUCCGGGAGCUCCACUGCCUAACAAACCCGCCUAUAGGAUGGGACCGGAAGAAAUGAAGGAAUUACAAAGGCAAGUGGAGAAAUUGCUAAGGAAAGGCUGGGGUCGAGAAAAUCUAAAUUCAUGUGCUGUACAUGUGAUUCUCGUGCCAAAGAAAGAUGGAGUUUGGAGAAUGUGCACCGACUGUAGAGCAGUAAAUGCCAUCAUGAAAAAAUAUCGUCACCCUAUCCCUAGAAGUUUAGAGGAACAUCUUGUGCACCUCAAAUUUGUUUUUGAAAUAUUUCGAAAAGAGAUGCUAUACGCCAAUCUUAAGAAGUGCGCAUUUUAUAUUGAUCGUCUGGUAUUUCUAGGGUAUGUAAUUAGUGCACAGGGAAUUCACGUAGAUAAAGAGAAGGUCAAAGCCAUUCAAGAGUGGCCGAAACCUACCUCUGUCAGUAACGCCUGCAGUUUUCAUGGUUUAGCCAGUUUUUACCGCCGCUUUGUGAAGGACUACAACACUAUUGUAGCACCACUCACCGCGGUCAUGAAGAAGAAUGGAAAGUUCUUUUGA